UUAGACACUGCGUCCAAUUGUACGCGUGUGUAUACUCUUAUUCAACUUUGUGUGACUUUUCAAUAUUUAUUGCUUCUGGAUUAUACGUUACAACUUAAAACACACAGUUGGCCAUCCUCUACAUGUAUCUGUUAAUCGACAUGCCAACGAACAUUCCGAUGAAAGAACUCAAACAGGAAGCAAGGAAAUUAAGGGAUCUUAUCAUGAAAUAAAAUACCAUGGUUCAUUGUAUCCUGUUGCUGUAGAUCCUUACUACGCCUACUCUUAUCAUAAUAAUCUACUUGUUCCCACUUUACCAAUUUACCAACAACCUUUCAUACCGCCGAAUAUUCCGAAACCGACGGAAGUGCAAGAAGAAAAGCGAGUAGAGGAGGCAACACAACACAAAGUCAAAGCAGCUAUAGAUUUUCAAAAGAAUCCUGAAGUCCCUGACGUACCGACACCCCCGCUGCCGGUCAGGAAUAAAACUCCUACGUCGCAAUAGAAUUUACAUAUGUUAACUCGAAGGAAUUCAAUUUCUUUUUCGAUAUUUAGUUACCAAUUUGUACAAAUAAGUGCAGUAAUGACACGCACGUACGUUAAAUGUUACUGUUACUGUAAUAUUCAACCAAAUAAAUAAGUGCAUGUGUUAGUAACAAUAAAGAAUUGCCAAUUAAAUCUGUUAUCUGAU